AUGAAGAAUUCUGAUGGAUUUCAACCAAGUUUAAUUCAACAAAAUCUUCAGUGCUUCAACAGCCUAAGAUUAAAGGCAUUAAAGGUAAUGCAAAGUAAUGCACUGACUCGAUCUACAGUCAGUGGUUAUAGUUCUGAUCUGUUGCAAAAUACACAUCAAUACAGGAUCAGCAGUAACACAGGCACGGGAGAUAUUCCUGGUAUUUCCGAAGUAGUGCCUAAAAAAAUCCGUUUUCUGAUUGUCUCCUACCAUUCAGAGCCAAUCUGCGAACAGCUCGACACUUCAACACAAAUGGUUGGUAGUAUAUCUGUAUCAACAGAGACUCAAACUGUAACACUAUCCAACCAUUCUGAAGCUGCAACACAGACAAGCUACAACUGGAUACCAGUAGCUACUGAAGUGAGUGCCACUACAAUUUCGACUUCAAUUCAGACGUCGUCAUCAGAACAAAAUCAGGAUAUCAUUUCAUCUCAUCAUACCAGCGUUGAUGUUCACUAUGCUAACUCCAGUAACAACGAUACUAGUUCGUGUGAACACGACACAAUUAACAAUGAAGACUAUAGUAGUUUUGAAAAAGAGUUUGAUAUUCGGAACUUAGUUACUAUAAACAGUUUUGGUCAUUUUUCCCUAGAUAAUUCUACUAUGUUAUCUAUGUUUGGAUUCGAUCCGCGGAAUUCUCCAUUUGUUCCUUGUGGAUACAUUGAUAUAGGUCACUUACCAGAAACUUUAAACAGUAUAGUACUUCAGGAUAUUAAAAGAAGCGAUAUAAGAUAUGAAAUAAAUGAUGAUAAUUCAUAUAAUGAAAUAGGAAGAGGAAGUUUUGGUGUAGUAUAUCUUGCCAGUAUGAAAAACAUAAAACAUAAAGUUGUCAUCAAAGAAUUUCAUCAUCAUGGUGUAAGCUGGGAAGAUGUCGAACUAGAAGCUCAGAUAUUAUCAUACCUUAAAGGACAAGAUAUAACACCCAAUUUUCUUGGUGUUUUAACACCACGUAAAAAGUCUAGAAAUUACAGUCUAGUUCAAGAAUAUUACGGUCAUGGUAAUGUAGAAGAUAUUUAUCUGGAAUAUGAUUUGCCACCAGAUGCUUGGAUUAUUAUUUGUAAAAAUAUUUGUAAAAGUUUAUUCCAAAUUCAUUGUAAUCAUAUUCUAUUCAAUGAUUUAAAAUCAGAUAAUAUUUUAGUUGACUUAAAUACUUUGGACAUUCGAUUUAUUGAUUUUGGCAUGGCAACAUUCAGGAAAGGUAUGCGAUUUGAAGGCUGUUCGGGAAGUCUAGGAGAGUGUCUAUUCUAUGCACCGGAAGUGAGAGAAGGAUGUUUCUCUACACCUCAAUCAGAUAUUUAUAGUCUUGGUUUUUUAUUUAAACAAAUCAUAAAACGUGCUAAUGUAUAUCAAUUAUUUCCAUUAUAUAAUUCUUGUACACAAAUUCAAGCGAUUGAUAGACCGACUCUACCAGAAAUAAUGGAAAUACUUGAUACAUUAUAG